GUCUAGUGCACUGCACUCUCCUCGGCGUAGGAGUGAAAGGUGGGGUAAGUAGGGACCUGGACUCCCUAGUUUAGACAUCACCGAGCGACGGAUGGACAGCCAGUCAGACCCGUCACGGCACUCGCUCGAGUACCCACAAACCUCGGGAAAAGCCAAUUCGAAAACGCCCAAGACUUGUCCACGUAGUUGGAUGAUCCAUAAGAAGAGACAGAGGAGAGAAUAAUUACAAGGAGGAAGAAGAGGACGGAAGAUUGAAGCUUCAAGCGUUUUCGUCGUGAUUCAAUUUUAUUAGAAAAAUAUUUUUUUUCCAUAUCUCGUCACUUGCGCGAUUGUUCAGUGACGAAUUGACUGAGUGCUUGUAAUUUGAAAAUCCAAAAAAAAAAACAGUUUUUUCGUGAGGAACCCCACAUUGACAAGGACACAAUUGUUUCGUGUGUUUAAUAUCGACUGAGGGCCGGACAAGUUUUUUUAUUGACAAAACAGUGCCGUGAAAAUUUGUAAAAGUGUCGAAAUAUAUGUCAAUGUUUGCAAAAAUGUCAGAAAAGCUAAAGUGACGGUAUUAAAAAAAAAAUUAUUUACAAAAUUUUUGACUAUCUUUUUUUGACAUUCAGAAAAAAUGAGCGUGACGUUAGUAACCAUGGAUUCUGCGUACGGUCUACGACUAGGGGUUGGAAAUCAUCAUCGUAGAGUAUGCUCACCCUCUUCGCCGGAGAGUCAUGUGUCACCACCCCAAGAUAAUCAAGAAAACAGCGACACACCCUUAAGAUUCAGUGUGGUGAACAUUCUGAGACCUGAUUUUGGCAGGGAAGCAAUUCUCAGUACGAAAGCAAAAACGACAAAGCCUACCUUACCGACAGCACAUCAAAGACUGUCACUUCCGGUACAAAUUUCUCAACACAGUCCGCUUCAAAUUCCGCGGGAUCUGAGUCUCUCGUCCACAAGACUUUCGCCCCAAUUGUCAUCCACUUCGAAUUUUUCCCUCCAUCGCGAGAGGGAUGGCCUUUCGUCCCACUGCGGUUUAACAUCCCCAAUUCAAAGACACACCCUCAGCAGAAGCGGAAGUCUGGAGAGCUUAGCGAGCAACAGAAGCUCCCUUACCGGAAGUUCAAUCACUGGUGCACCAUCCCUAUCAUCAGCAGCGUCCACAAUAGGCGGCGACUCCAUCAGCGGUGACAGUACACACAGCAGCACAAAUGGAACCGGAAGUGGCACAAGUAAUUCGAGCACGGCACAAAGUCUCUGGCCAGCUUGGGUCUACUGCACCAGAUAUUCAGACAGGCCAUCUUCUGGCCCGAGAACUAGACGCGUAAAGCGCGUUCACAGCAACGAAAAACCCACUAGCCCAGAAGACAAACGGCCUAGGACGGCCUUCAGCGCUGAGCAGUUGGCAAGACUGAAGCGUGAAUUUGCCGAGAAUCGUUACUUGACCGAAAGACGGAGGCAGCAACUGUCACGCGAUCUUGGAUUGAACGAGGCGCAAAUAAAGAUUUGGUUUCAGAACAAGAGAGCCAAGAUCAAGAAAGCAAGUGGACAGAAGAAUCCAUUGGCACUUCAGUUAAUGGCACAGGGCCUUUACAAUCAUUCUACAGUUCCCGUAGACGAGGACGGCGAAGAGAUUGUCGACGACACGUCUUAGUAAGGUUAACACUAUUUCCCAUACACAAAUCUUUACUCGUACGAUCCUCCCGUUAGUAAUAAUAAUCUCGUAUGAUAUUCUCGAAACAGUAUACAAGAUCCACGAAUAUUUCCUACUCCUUUUAUCAAAAUGGCGACUCGCACCUAUCGCACUGUAUUAUUUAUUUCAAGAAUCGCAUCAGGGUUCUAAAUACGAUACGUUUCGAAAUUCACUGCCGGUACUACGAGUAUCUAUGCAUCUUUUUUCAUCGACAUGCAAUAGAGUGAGACGCAGUCACGCUCACAGUGAAUUUCUUUAUUAUAUUCGGUAAAUACGUAACCGUAGAAUCCUGUAGAUUCGCAGAUCUAUCAGCCAGAAAUAAUUCCCAUUGAUUAUACACGGUGUAGACUGAUGUCGAUUAUUUAUUGGCAGAGUGCGUACGUUACGAGUCGGCAUUAUGGUCGAGUCAGUUCCGAUUAACAGUUAAGUUAUUUAUUUACUUUGUAUAUAGUACUGUACAUAGUGCUAGAUUUAUCUGAAAAGAAAGAAAAAGAAAGAGGGGGAGAGAGAGAGAGAAAGAGGCAGCAAUCCAACUUGCAUAUGUAAGAUACAAGGUUUAUGUAUAUAUAUAUAGAGAAAGAUUAUAUAUAGAGAUAUACAAAUAUACCUGAUAUAUAGCUUAGGCCUAUGAAUGAAUGUAUAUGAUUAUACGAUUACGAAAGGAUCUCAUAUGUACAUAGAUACUCGACUUGCAUAUGUUAUAUUACAUAGGAAUCGCAUAAUCCUGUCCCAGUGUCUUGUUACGCUCAUAGCCAUGUAAUCAACAUACAUAAUUCUACCUGCGAUUAAA